UUUGAGAGAUUCUUUUCCUGAGAGAAAAGAAUCAUCGACCUCAUCUAUUGACAUUGCGUUGGAAUAUUGUUUUGGAAAAGAGGUUGUGACUCGAUGAUGUCUUCAUCAUCCAACAAAAGCCCACCUACUGAAAACUCUUUCUGGAAGUUGGUACAUUUUGAAAAAACACCUUAUUGGUUACAAGAUAAUGAAUACAUUCGUAACUAUUAUCGAGUACCUAUGAGUGUAUGGGAUAGUCUAAAGAGUGCUUUGUUUGGACUGCACAACGAAACUAUGAAUAUCUAUACUCACUUGAUAGGGUUCUUUAUUUUUGUUGGCAUUACUUGGUUUACUUUGAGUUUCCUUUCUAGUCUGUUGAAGCAACCACUUUCUUUGGAACAAUAUAUUGUUUCAGGCACCAACCCAUCAUUGUCUAGUCGCUUGGAAACCUAUUCUUUAGACGCUUGGAGUGGCUUUCUUGGAGUAUUGCUUGAAACCAAAAAGUUUUUUCUCGGUUUUCUUCAUUUUUCUUGUAGAUUAGCUUCUUCAAGUUAUUCCUUGAGUGCAGCUUCAGUAGAAAGAUACUGGUCAGCUUUUCAAGAUUCCUCUUUAUUUUUCAGAAGUUUUCCUUUUACACUUUUGGAUGCCAGUUGGAGUCAUAAGCUUUCACCAGACAGAGACUCUUUUGUAUCUCAAGUCUUUUGGAAGGUUAUUGAUGAACAUAAGACCGCAUUACUUUUCUUAUUGACAGGAGCUUGCGUUUGUCUGUUUUGUUCUACAAUAUUUCAUAUGUUUUUUAAUGUUUCUGAAAGUUGCUUUAAGAGUCUUAGUCGUUUGGACUAUGCCGGAAUUGUAUUUUUAACUAUGGGUCAUUCCUUAGUGGGUACUUAUUAUACUUUGUAUUGUAUGCCAGAGUUGUCUAGAAGAUACAAUAUUGUCAUUUCUAUAGCAGGCUUAUUGACAUUGGGAGUCACUUUAUAUCCGGCAUUUGAUGCACCUCAUAAUCGAUUGACUCGUGCAUUGGUUUUUGUAUUAUUUGGAACUGUAAGUGGAUUGCCUAUUCUCCAUGCAGGUUGGCUUCACGGUUUUGGUCAUGUGGAAUAUAUGCAUCAUGCCCAAUAUAUGUUUAUCAUGGCAACAUUUUAUCUAUUGGGUGCUUUCUUCUUUGUUACUAGACUACCUGAAAGAUGCAGUCCUGGAAAGUUUGAUUUGUUUUUCAACAGUCAUAAUUUGAUGCAUAUUUGUGUAUUGAUAGCUGCACUGAUUCAUUGGUAUGGAUGUAUGCAGUCGUGCAUUUAUCGACUUCAUCAAGGAUGUGCCUUAUCUCCCAUUUUGUCUCAAACUUUUCUUUCUUCGUAAUAAAUAACUAGAUCAUUUUCAGCUCCUGAAACUAUUAUUCGUUGUCUUGUUGAAUAGGUCCAUUGUUUGAUUG